AUGAAUAAGGAAGUGUGUGAAAGCUUUGUGAGUAUAUGGGAGGAUUUUCCCGAUACAUUGACCGAUGAUGAAAAGUAUCAAUUUAAUGAUAAAACUUUUUUAAAUAGUUAUUGUUUUAAAUAUGAAUGUGGUGGUCCUCUCGAAAAAAUGGAUGCUGUAUUUUUUCAUUUGAUUAAUAAAUUCUUUGGGAGUUCUGGUUUGUUUAAUAAUAAUGUAAAAAAUAAUAUCAAUGCUAUUGAAUACAUUCUCAUAUGGUUAAGUCAUAUGUUAAACCUAAAGGAUAACACAGGAAACAUUCUAACAAAUUUUUAUAAAAUAUAUAUUUAUAAUCAAGAAAAGUAUAAAAAUCCUAUAAAUGGUGUUGAUGGUUGUAGAAAUUAUAAUGAUCUUAUAUAUACAAAAAAAGAAUUGAUGGAAAUUACUAAUGAAAAAUUGUCUAAAUUUUAUGCUCCAUUUAAAUCAUUAUGUAACAUGUAUAGUAGAUUUAAUGAUAGAACAUCAGAUUGCACAAAAUGUUUGAGUGAUGCUAAUGAAUUUGUUGAAACAUAUAAUAAACUUAAUGGAGAUUCUAGUAUUACUAAUGAUAGUUCCUUUAAUAAACUAUUGUGUACUUUAUCAAAUGAUUAUGAUAAUUUUAAAAAGAAAUAUAGUGAUGUUAAAUGUCCCAAUUCAUCCUUCCCAGCGAUAGAAAAACCAAAAAAAUGUGUACAAAGUUUUGAACAAAAUCCUGAACAACAUGUACAAAGAUUAGAACCAAUUUCUCAAGAUGCAUCAUCAAGUUCAUCGGUAACAAACAAAUUAUUUACAGUUUUAUCGAUAUUUGGUGCAAUAGCAUUUCUUUUAGGAAUUUCUUACAAGUAUUCGUUAUUUGGAUUUCGGAAACGAUUUCAAAAACAAAAAUUAAGAGAAAAAAUAAAAAAUAUAAAGAAGAGAAUGAAUCAUUAA